AUGAGUGAGGAGGGCGGCCGGAGUAGCAGGCGCAGCGGCGGCUUGACUAGAAUUCCCGGCUUGGUCUGGAGAGGCGACUUCAGUAAAGUUGUUCGCGAAGAUGCAUCCGAUGACCUCGACGAUGACGAUCUUGACGAUGUCCCGGAAAGUUGCGAAGACCUCGAGGACGACCUGGAAUACGAUGAGACUUCGGAUACAAUCGAUGACGAGCGACCAGCAGAAGCCCGUCUUUGA